GCCGAUGCUUGGUUGCGUCUUAUUUUUGUAUUGUGGUACGAUAAUUAUAUCCAAAAUGUGAAAUAGCGUUAUAAUUGUUUUGUAAAAUGAUUUUUUAAAUAUAAGGAUUAAUUAAUGUUGGGAAACAUAACCAGACUGUGAAAACUACACUUAAGUUCACGCUCUAUGUUUAUCCAUUAGUUAGACAACCAUGUCGCUGCCGCCGUACUUGCUGGGGCCUAACCCAUGGGCAACCAUGAUGGCACAGCAACAAUUGGCGGCGGCUCAACAGGCUGCGCUGCAAGCACACGCCGCAGCUGCCGCCGCCGCGCCGCCAGUACCGCCGGCACAACCUCCAAAACCCCAUCAUAUUCCGGAGGAAAAAAUCAAAGAAAAGUCUCAAAAAUGGCUACAGCUUCAAUCGAAACGGUUCGCCGAAAAACGGAAGUUUGGUUUCGUCGAUGCACAAAAAGAAGAUAUGCCGCCCGAACAUAUACGAAAAAUUAUCAGGGAUCAUGGCGAUAUGACCAGUCGUAAAUACAGACAUGACAAGCGAGUUUAUCUGGGGGCCUUAAAGUAUAUGCCUCAUGCUGUAAUGAAACUCCUGGAGAACAUGCCAAUGCCAUGGGAACAAAUAAGAGAUGUUAAAGUGUUGUAUCAUAUUACGGGAGCGAUAACAUUCGUUAAUGAAAUACCCUGGGUCAUAGAGCCUGUGUAUAUAGCCCAAUGGGGAACAAUGUGGAUUAUGAUGCGUCGUGAAAAAAGAGACCGUAGACACUUUAAAAGGAUGAGGUUCCCACCUUUUGAUGAUGAGGAGCCCCCUCUUGAUUAUGCAGAUAACAUAUUAGAUGUUGAACCACUAGAACCAAUUCAAAUAGAAAUGGAUCCUGAUGAAGAUGCAGCAGUUGCCUCAUGGUUCUAUGACCACAAACCACUCCUGGGUACCAAACAUGUUAACGGAUCAACAUAUAGAAAAUGGAAUUUGUCUUUGCCGCAGAUGGCAACAUUGUAUCGACUCGCUAACCAAUUGCUUACUGAUUUAGUUGACGACAACUAUUUCUAUUUGUUUGACUCCAAGAGUUUCUUCACUGCUAAAGCACUCAAUAUGGCAAUUCCGGGUGGGCCUAAAUUUGAGCCCCUGGUGAAAGAUAGUUCAGCAGGCGAUGAGGACUGGAAUGAAUUCAAUGAUAUUAAUAAAAUUAUUAUUCGCCAGGCUAUUAGAACCGAGUAUAGGAUUGCUUUUCCGUAUCUGUACAACAAUCUACCACACUUUGUUCAGCUAUCUUGGUACCACACACCAAAUGUUGUUUACAUCAAAACAGAAGACCCAGACCUACCUGCAUUUUAUUUUGACCCACUAAUAAACCCAAUUUCUCAUCGGCAUACAGUGAAGUCCUUAGACCCUGUGCCAGAUGAGGAAGAGUUUGUACUUCCCGAAGAAGUGUCACCAUUUUUGCAGGAACGGGCCCUAUACACAGACAAUACUGCAAAUGGUAUUGCAUUGCUGUGGGCACCAAGACCUUUCAAUAUGAGAUCAGGUCGUUGUCGUCGCGCAAUUGAUGUGCCGUUGGUGAAGACGUGGUACAAGGAGCAUUGUCCCCCGGGUCAGCCGGUCAAAGUGCGUGUAUCUUACCAGAAGCUGCUCAAAUAUUAUGUUUUGAAUGCACUGAAACACAGACCGCCCAAGCCACAGAAGAAGAGGUACCUAUUCCGAUCAUUCAAGUCAACAAAGUUUUUCCAAACCACAACACUUGAUUGGGUAGAGGCUGGUCUCCAAGUUUGUAGGCAAGGCUACAAUAUGUUAAACCUACUCAUACAUAGAAAGAACCUCAACUACCUUCAUCUGGAUUAUAACUUCAAUUUGAAACCGGUCAAGACACUGACAACGAAGGAACGUAAGAAAUCGAGGUUUGGUAAUGCAUUCCAUUUGUGUCGUGAAAUACUCCGGCUGACUAAGCUAAUAGUGGACUCACAUGUGCAAUAUCGUCUUAACAAUGUGGAUUCGUUCCAAUUGGCUGAUGGCUUGCAGUACAUAUUUGCUCAUGUGGGACAGCUCACAGGAAUGUACAGAUACAAGUACAAACUCAUGAGGCAGAUCAGAAUGUGCAAGGAUCUGAAACAUCUCAUCUACUACAGAUUCAAUACCGGUCCAGUAUCCAAAGGCCCUGGCUGUGGUUUCUGGGCACCAGGCUGGCGCGUGUGGUUGUUCUUCAUGAGGGGGAUCACUCCACUGCUUGAGAGGUGGCUCGGAAACUUGCUAUCCAGGCAAUUUGAGGGACGACAUUCUAAAGGUGUUGCAAAGACCGUGACGAAACAGCGUGUCGAGUCUCACUUCGACCUCGAACUGCGCGCGUCAGUGAUGCACGACAUUGUCGACAUGAUGCCCGAGGGUAUCAAGCAGAACAAAGCCAGGACUAUCCUGCAACAUCUGUCUGAAGCAUGGAGAUGCUGGAAGGCGAAUAUACCUUGGAAGGUACCAGGUCUGCCCACACCAAUAGAAAACAUGAUUCUCCGGUAUGUGAAAAUGAAAGCAGACUGGUGGACCAACACAGCUCAUUAUAACCGAGAGAGAAUACGUCGCGGUGCCACCGUCGACAAAACUGUGUGCAAGAAGAACCUUGGUAGACUGACGAGGCUUUACCUUAAAGCUGAACAAGAGAGACAGCACAAUUAUCUAAAGGAUGGACCAUACAUUUCACCUGAAGAAGCUGUUGCCAUCUACACAACAACAGUCCAUUGGCUAGAGUCUCGACGCUUCGCCCCCAUUCCCUUCCCUCCACUGUCAUACAAACACGACACCAAGUUGCUUAUCCUAGCGCUGGAGAGACUCAAGGAGGCGUACAGUGUGAAGUCGAGGUUGAACCAGAGUCAGAGAGAAGAGCUCGGACUCAUUGAACAGGCUUAUGACAAUCCUCAUGAAGCCUUGUCCAGAAUCAAACGACAUUUGCUCACACAGAGAACUUUCAGAGAGGUGGGCAUAGAAUUUAUGGACCUAUACUCUCACCUUGUCCCCGUGUACGACGUGGAGCCCCUGGAGAAGAUAACAGAUGCAUACCUCGACCAGUACUUGUGGUACGAGGCUGACAAGCGGCGCCUGCUGCCGCCCUGGGUUAAACCCGCCGACACGGAGCCGUCGCCGCUGCUCGUCUACAAAUGGUGUCAAGGUAUCAACAACCUGCAGGACGUGUGGGAGGCGGGCGAAGGUGAGUGCAACGUGCUGCUGGAGUCGCGCUUCGAGAAGCUGUACGAGAAGAUCGACCUCACGCUGCUGAACAGACUGCUGCGGCUGAUAGUGGACCACAACAUAGCUGACUACAUGACUGCCAAGAACAACGUCGUCAUCAACUACAAGGACAUGAACCACACCAACUCGUACGGCGUGACCCGCGGGCUGCAGUUCGCGUCGUUCGUGGUGCAGUACUACGGGCUGGUGCUGGACCUGCUGGUGCUGGGUCUCUCUCGCGCCGCCGACAUGGCCGGCCCGCCGCAGCUGCCCAACGACUUCCUGGCCUUCCAGGACCGCGCCGUGGAGCGCGCGCACCCCGUGCGCCUCUACUGCCGCUACGUCGACCGGAUCCACAUAUACUUCCGAUUCACAGCAGAAGAGGCUCGUGACCUUAUACAACGUUAUCUGACAGAGCACCCAGACCCCAACAAUGAGAACAUUGUGGGAUACAACAACAAGAAGUGCUGGCCCCGAGACGCUCGGAUGAGACUCAUGAAGCAUGAUGUUAAUCUAGGACGCGCCGUGUUCUGGGAUAUCAAGAACCGUCUGCCGCGGUCGGUGACGACGAUCCAGUGGGAGAAUAGCUUCGUGUCUGUUUAUUCAAAGGAUAACCCCAACCUGCUUUUCAACAUGGCCGGUUUUGAAUGCAGAAUUUUACCUAAAUGUCGAAGUCAAAAUGAAGAGUUGUCACACCGAGAUGGAGUAUGGAAUCUGCAGAAUGAAGUAACAAAGGAGAGAACAGCCCAGUGCUACCUUCGGGUUGAUGACGAGUCUCUCGCGCGCUUCCACAACAGAGUGCGGCAGAUACUCAUGGCCUCUGGCUCGACAACAUUUACUAAGAUUGUCAAUAAAUGGAACACAGCUCUUAUAGGGUUGAUGACUUACUUCCGUGAAGCCGUAGUCAACACCCAGGAGCUAUUGGACUUGCUCGUUAAGUGUGAGAACAAAAUUCAAACAAGAAUCAAGAUCGGCCUCAACUCGAAGAUGCCCUCGCGUUUCCCGCCGGUGGUGUUCUACACGCCCAAGGAACUCGGCGGCUUGGGAAUGUUGUCUAUGGGACAUGUUCUUAUACCACAGUCGGAUCUGCGAUGGUCGAAACAAACAGACGUGGGCAUCACACACUUCCGGUCGGGCAUGUCGCACGACGAGGACCAACUGAUCCCCAAUCUGUACCGCUACAUUCAGCCGUGGGAGGCAGAGUUUGUAGACUCUCAGCGCGUCUGGGCCGAGUACGCGCUCAAGCGGCAGGAGGCCAACGCUCAGAAUAGACGUUUAACAUUGGAAGACUUGGAGGACUCAUGGGACAGAGGUAUCCCAAGAAUUAACACCCUGUUCCAAAAAGACAGGCACACACUUGCCUAUGAUAAAGGCUGGCGAAUUCGUACCGAGUUCAAACAAUAUCAGGUACUGAAGCAGAAUCCAUUCUGGUGGACACAUCAGCGCCACGACGGCAAGCUGUGGAAUCUCAAUAACUACAGAACAGACAUGAUUCAGGCACUGGGUGGAGUCGAGGGUAUACUGGAACACACAUUAUUCAAGGGAACAUACUUCCCCACUUGGGAGGGGUUGUUCUGGGAGAAAGCAUCUGGUUUUGAAGAGUCAAUGAAGUACAAAAAACUGACAAACGCGCAGCGAUCCGGUCUGAACCAGAUCCCCAACCGACGAUUUACCCUGUGGUGGUCCCCUACCAUCAACAGAGCCAAUGUAUAUGUUGGUUUCCAGGUACAAUUGGAUUUGACUGGAAUCUUCAUGCACGGCAAGAUCCCAACACUGAAGAUAUCUCUGAUCCAAAUAUUCAGAGCUCACUUGUGGCAGAAGGUUCACGAAUCUAUUGUGAUGGACCUGUGUCAGGUGUUCGACCAAGAGCUGGACGCGCUGGAGAUAGAGACAGUGCAGAAGGAGACCAUCCACCCGCGGAAGUCGUACAAGAUGAACUCGUCGUGUGCGGACAUACUGCUGUUCUCCGCGUACAAGUGGAACGUGUCGCGACCCUCGCUGCUGGCUGACACCAAAGACACGAUGGACAACACGACCACCCAGAAGUACUGGCUGGACAUCCAGCUGCGCUGGGGCGACUACGACUCGCACGACAUCGAGCGGUACGCGCGUGCCAAGUUCCUGGACUAUACCACCGACAACAUGUCCAUCUACCCCUCGCCCACGGGUCUGCUGGUCGCCAUCGACCUGGCCUACAACCUGCACAGUGCAUACGGAAACUGGUUCCCGGGCUGCAAGCCGCUGAUCCAACAGGCCAUGGCGAAGAUAAUGAAAGCUAAUCCCGCGCUGUACGUGUUGAGGGAAAGAAUUCGUAAAGCACUGCAACUGUACUCGUCCGAACCUACCGAGCCUUAUCUAUCCAGUCAGAACUAUGGCGAACUGUUCUCAAAUCAAAUUAUUUGGUUUGUGGAUGAUACGAACGUAUACCGCGUGACAAUACACAAGACGUUCGAAGGCAAUCUAACCACAAAGCCCAUCAAUGGUGCCAUCUUCAUAUUCAACCCGAGGACCGGACAGCUGUUCUUGAAGAUCAUCCACACCAGCGUGUGGGCCGGACAGAAACGUCUUGGACAGCUUGCUAAAUGGAAAACAGCUGAAGAAGUAGCUGCUCUUAUUCGUUCACUGCCAGUGGAGGAGCAGCCUAAACAGAUUAUUGUCACCAGAAAAGGAAUGUUGGACCCACUUGAGGUUCACUUGCUCGACUUCCCGAACAUAGUUAUCAAAGGGUCGGAGUUGCAACUGCCGUUCCAGGCUUGCCUCAAGGUGGAGAAGUUCGGUGACUUGAUUCUCAAAGCCACAGAGCCGCAGAUGGUGCUCUUCAACUUGUACGACGACUGGCUCAAGACUAUAUCUUCCUACACCGCGUUCAGUCGUCUGAUACUGAUACUGCGCGCGCUACACGUGAACACAGAACGUACCAAGGUGCUGCUGAAGCCCGAUAAGACUACGCUGACAGAACCGCAUCAUAUUUGGCCAACUCUUACUGAUGAUGACUGGAUCAAGGUCGAGGUGCAACUCAAAGAUCUUAUUUUGGCUGAUUAUGGCAAGAAAAACAACGUGAAUGUUGCCUCUCUAACACAAUCGGAGAUUCGCGACAUCAUCCUGGGUAUGGAGAUAUCGGCGCCGUCGGCCCAGCGGCAGCAGAUCGCGGAGAUAGAGAAGCAGAGCAAGGAGCAGAGCCAGCUCACAGCGACGACCACGCGGACGGUCAACAAGCACGGAGACGAGAUCAUCACUUCUACCACCAGCAACUAUGAGUCGCAGACCUUCAGUUCAAAAACAGAAUGGCGUGUGCGUGCAAUAUCCGCGACGAAUCUCCACCUGCGCACAAACCACAUCUACGUCAGCUCGGACGAUAUCAAGGAGAGUGGAUAUACUUACAUUCUGCCAAAGAAUUUGCUCAAGAAGUUUGUCACUAUAUCUGACUUGAGAGCGCAGAUCGCGUGCUACCUGUACGGCACGUCGCCGGCCGACAACCCGCAGGUGCGCGAGGUGGUGUGCGCCGUGCUGCCGCCGCAGUGGGGCACGCACCAGGCCGUGCACCUGCCGCGCCACCUGCCGCGCCACCCCGCGCUCGCACACCUGCAGCCGCUGGGCUGGAUGCACACGCAGCCCAACGAGCUGCCCCAGCUCUCGCCUCAGGACAUAACAACCCAUGCGAAAAUAAUGGCUGAGAAUCCAACAUGGGAUGGGGAGAAAACCAUAAUUAUAACGUGCUCGUUCACGCCCGGCUCCUGUUCCCUAACCGCGUACAAACUGACGCCCAGCGGCUACGAGUGGGGCGUGAAGAACACAGACCGCGGCAAUAACCCCAAGGGAUACCUACCCAGCCACUACGAGAAGGUGCAGAUGUUGCUGUCAGAUAGAUUCCUUGGGUACUUUAUGGUGCCUUCCCAAGGCAGCUGGAAUUAUAACUUUAUGGGUGUCCGUCACGACCCCAACAUGAAGUAUGGCGUGCAGCUGUGCAAUCCCCGUGAGUUCUACCAUGAGGUGCACCGGCCCGCCCACUUCAUGAACUUCGCUGCCAUGGAGGACGCCUCUGCCACCAUUAUCGCUGCAGACCGAGAGGACCACUAUGCCUGAUGUGUCUACAAUCAGUUUAAAGUGUUACUCUUGAAGUUUUGUAGAUAAGAAUACAUUUUUUAUUAUGUGA